AUGAAGGGUCUCUUCGCUGCCACUUUGGCUUUGGCCAUGAAUGGCGCUUUCGCGCUCCCGUCGCCCACGGAGCAGGGCCCCAUCACUGCUCGUGCUGCAGCGGCUGCAUGUGCCACUCCCGUCACGCUUUCUGGCAAUCCGUUUGCAUCCCGGUCCAUCUAUGCCAACAAGUUCUACUCGUCUGAGGUGGCUGCCGCAGCGGCUGCCAUGACGGACACGGCAUUGGCGUCUGCAGCAGCCAAGGUCGCUAAUGUCGGUACCUUUUUGUGGAUUGACACUCGUGCCAAGAUUGCCGUGGUAGAGGAUGGUAUCAAGGACGUUCCUUGUGAUCAGAUCGCCGCUCUGGUCAUCUACGAUCUCCCCGGUCGUGACUGUGCUGCCAAGGCUUCCAACGGUGAACUUGCCGUUGGUGAACUCGACAUUUACAAGAGGGAGUACAUUGACCCCAUUGUCGCCAUCUUCAAGAAGUACCCCAACACCGCCAUCGCACUGGUCAUCGAGCCCGACUCGCUCCCUAACCUCGUCACCAACGCGAAGCUGCAGACCUGCCAGGACUCGGCUUCAGGCUACCGCGAGGGUGUGGCUUACGCCCUUAAGCAGUUCAACAUGCCCAAUAUCGCCAUGUACAUUGACGCUGGUCACGGAGGCUGGCUAGGCUGGAAUGACAACCUGAAGCCCGGUGCCAAAGAACUCGCCACCGUCUACAAAAACGCCGGCAGUCCCAAAUCCGUCCGCGGCAUCGCCACCAAUGUUGCCGGCUGGAACGCCUGGGACCAGACCCCGGGUGAGUUCUCAACAGCCACCGACGCACAGUGGAACAAGGCGCAAAACGAGAAACUCUACAUCGAGCUCUUCUCCCCCGAACUCAAGAGCGCAGGCAUGCCCGGCCAGGCCAUUGUCGACACGGGACGCAAUGCCGUCACGGGCUUGCGCCGCGAGUGGGGCAACUGGUGCAAUGUCAAUGGCGCCGGGUUUGGCGUGCGCCCGACGUCGAAUACGGGAAGUAGUCUGGUGGACAGCUUUGUGUGGGUCAAGCCUGGGGGUGAGAGUGAUGGCACGAGUGAUCCGAGUGCGACUCGGUAUGAUAGCUUUUGCGGCAAGGAAGAUGCGUUUAAACCUAGUCCGGAGGCGGGACAGUGGAACCAGGCUUACUUUGAGAUGUUGGUUAAGAAUGCUAAGCCGGCUUUUUAA